AUGACGUGUUACUUUAUGUUAAUGCAGGCCAGCUUUUCUUUAACACAGAGCCCACUGGUUGGAACUAUGACAUCAACUCCUGGAACAGCUUCAGCUAUGUUCAGUCCUGUAAGUAUUGGGCAGCCUAGGAAGACUACUCUAUCUCCUGCUCAGCUAGAUCCUUUUUAUACUCAGGGCGAUUCCCUGACUUCAGAAGAUCAACUUGAUGACACAUGGGUAACUGUGUUUGGAUUUCCUCAAGCAUCAGCUUCGUAUAUUCUUCUACAGUUUGCUCAGUAUGGAAACAUAUUAAAGCAUGUGAUGUCCAAUACAGGAAACUGGAUGCAUAUUCGGUACCAGUCUAAGCUUCAAGCCCGCAAAGCCUUAAGCAAAGAUGGAAGAAUUUUUGGUGAAUCUAUCAUGAUUGGUGUCAAGCCAUGUAUAGAUAAAGUAA